UGAACAAGAAGAGAGAGAGGACAGAUUAAAGCAAAAACAUGCAAAAUUAGCAGGAGCUGGUGUACCAAAUGAGACUAGUAGUGGUGAUGAAAAUUUAAAUGCUUCACUUACUGUUAAAGCAGCUUUUGAAGAUCGCCCUGGUUCUCAUGAUACAGGUGAUCCAAAUACAACUAAUUUAUAUGUUGGUAAUAUUAGUCCAGAGGUGAAUGAAGAAAUGCUUUGCAAAGAGUUUGCAAAGUAUGGUCCAAUUGCAAGUGUCAAAAUUAUGUGGCCACGCACACAAGAAGAAAAAGAUAGAAAUCGAAACUGUGGAUUUGUCAGUUAUAUGGAUAGAGAAUGUGCAGCUCAAGCUUUAAAGAACAUGGAUGGUAAAGAUUUAUUGGGUUAUAUUAUGCGAGUUGGAUGGGGAAAAGCAGUCCCUAUUCCACCAAAACCUAUAUAUGUUUUAAAUGAAAGUAGUUGUCCACCACCAAGUGGAUUACCUUUUAAUGCUCAAAUGGUUCAUUCAAAAGCAUAUACCAACAUUCCGCCACCAAAUUCAAAUAGUGUAUUUCCUAGACUUGAAGUACAAGUCAACAAACCAGAAGCUCAUCAAAUAGUCAAGAUAAUACACCGUAUGGUUGAAAGAGUUGUGAAAUAUGGGCCACCAUUUGAAGCUAUAAUUAUGGAUCGUGAAUGGAAUAAUCCAAAAUUUUCAUUUUUAUUCCAAAAUGAUUCACCAGAGCAUGUGUAUUACAGAUGGAAAUUAUAUUCAAUCCUUCAAGGAGAUCAAAAAAAUAGGUGGAAUACUGAAGCUUUUCAUAUGUUUGAUGAAGGUCCUAUAUGGGUUCCUCCAGAAAUUCCAUUUGAUGAAGUUGUUUCUGAAUAUAAACUUGGCUCAUUCAGAACUUUAGAUUAA